CUUUUAUUAAAAUAUGUCACUCAAGUUAUUCGGGCCAUCAAUUAAUCCUAGACUCUGUCAAGUUCAUCUUGUUGCAGACCUUCUUGAGAUCCCAGUUGAAGUGGUUGAAGUUGGAUACGAUCAAUGUGAAUCAAAGGAACAUUUGGCAAGAAACCCAUUUGCUAAAGUUCCUGUCAUUUAAACAACUGAUGGAUACCUUUAUGAAAGCAAUGCUAUCUGUAGAUAUAUUGCUAGAUCUAAAUUAGAAUCAGGGUUAUAUGGGUAAGAUAUUUAUAAGUAUUUUAAAGAGCUAAUGCCUUCUAAUAAUCUUUAGUUGAUUAAUGGAUUGAUUGGACUGUAAAUGAAUUAGACCCAAAUUUCAUGACAACAUUCCCUUAAUUAUGGGGAUAUGUUCCAACAGAUGAGGAUUCAUUCAAAAGUGCUAAGAACAUUAUCAACAAUAAAUUAAAAUAAUUAGAAGCCCAUUUCAAGAAUUCCGCAUAUUUGGUUGGAGACAAAUUGACUAUUGCAGAUGUAAUACUUAUUGUAAGAAUUGCUCCAUUUUUCAUCUUAUUAAUUGACGAGAAAACUAGAAAAUCAUAUCCCUCACUUAUGAAAUGGUUCACUGCUGUAACUGAACUUCCUCAAUUUAAAAAAGUAUAUCUAAUAUUUAUACUAGAAUUUCGGAAGAGUCAGAUUAUGUAAAGAAGCCUUCCCAUUACCUAAAUAAGUUGCAUAAUAAAAUGAAUAAAAACCAAAGGAUGAAAAACCAAAAGAAUAAAAACCAAAAGAAUAAAAACCAAAAGAUGAAAAGCCUAAAGAAUAAAAGCCAAAAGAACAAAAACCAAAAGAAUAAAAACCAAAGGAAGAAAAACCUAAAGAAUAAAAGCCAAAAGAAGCAUAAAAAUAAUAAGCAUAGGAAGAUGAAGAACCUGUUGCAGAGAAGAAAAAGAAUCCUUUAGAUUUACUUCCUCCAUCUCCAUUCAAUAUUGAUGAUUACAAAAGAGCCUUCUUUGCUGAAAAAGAUAUUGCCAAAAAUAUUGAACAACUUUUCACCACAGUUGAUACUCAAGGAUGGUCUUUAUGGAUUAUUUCCUAUAAUAAAUCUGAAAAUGAAGGCAAAUAACUCAUUUUAACUAAUAAUUUAAUGAAAGGAUUUAUCAAUUAAAGAUUAGAUUAAAAUUUCAGAAAAUACUCCUUUGCUAUGCAUGGUGUUUAUGGUGAUGAACCUAAUUUGGAAAUUAGAGGAGCAUGGGUUUGGAGAGGAACUGAAGUUCCAUAAGAAUGGGUAAUCAUUCAUUCUAUUAAAAUUUUAGAAAGAUCAUGUUGCAUAUGACUAUCAUGUAUUCAGAAGAAUUGACAUUUAAAAUGAAUAAGAUAAGAAAGAUUUUGCUGAAUAUUGGGUGAAUCAAGAAGAAGAUGUAUCUAAAGUUGCCGGUCUUACAGCCAGAAGCUUGAUGUAUUUCAGAUGAUGAAUAAUUAUCAUAGGAAUAAUAAUAUUUAAUUGUAAAAUAGAUA